CAGCUGUCUAUAUUGCUCAUACAACAGGCACUAAGGCCCAUGAGAAUGCUUGCGCUCUAUUGAACAAUUCUCCCCGAGUCCUCGUCGAAUCCGUGGUGAUACAUAGCGCAACUGUGGACUCGAAAAUCCGUCUCGUCUCGCAACCCCACCCAAAGGCUCCGACUUCGUCAUUGCUCGACCCAUUGGCUUUCACCACAACUCUCACUUUCAAAAACUCCACACUCUGCCCAACAGCAUACGUCGUCCAUCACACACAUCUCUUCGUAUGACGAGCCACGGCAGCCGCCUCUUCCUACGCACUUUACAAUCAACCCUCCAUCGUCCCACCAACCCCACCAAACCCCUCUACACCAUCCUCACGCCCCGCAGAACCAUGGCCUCCGCAAUGACCAAACGCCUCGAAGGCAAGACCAUCGUCAUCACCGGCGCCUCCUCAGGCAUAGGCUGGUCGACAGCGAAAGAGUUCGCACGCACAGCGCCGAAAAACCUCAAACUGGUCCUCACAGCGCGGCGCGAGGACAAAGUGAAGCAACUCGCCGAGGAGAUCAAGAAAGAAGUCGGCGGCGGCGUGCAAUGCCUCCCCUUCAAAAUCGACAUCAGCAAAGCGGACGAGGUGCGGAGCUUCGUCUCCCGCCUGCCCAAGGAGUUCCAGGAGAUUGAUGUCCUCGUUAACAAUGCCGGUUUGGUCAAGGGCGUGGACAAAGUGGGGGAUAUCAAAGAGGAAGACAUCCAUUCCAUGAUCGACACCAACGUCCUCGGCCUAAUCAACAUGACGCAAGCCGUGCUGCAAGUGAUGAAGAAGCGCGGGGAAAGCGGGCAAGGCGACAUCAUCAACAUCGGCUCCAUCGCCGGGCGCGAGGGCUACCCGGGCGGCGCCAUCUACUGCGCCUCCAAAGCCGCCGUGCGCACCUUCACCGAGGCCAUGCGCAAGGAGUUUAUCGCGUCGCGCAUUCGCAUCAUCGAGAUUGAUCCCGGCCAGGUGGAGACGGAGUUUAGUCUUGUGCGCUUCUACGGCGACAAGGAGAAGGCGGACAAUGUGUACAAGGGGGUGACGCCGUUGACGGGCGAGGAUAUUGCGGAGAUGAUUGUGUUUGCUGCUGGCAGGCCGGAGAAUGUCGUUGUCGCGGAUAUGCUCGUCUUUCCCAAUCACCAGGCUUCUGCGCAGGUCAUGCACCGCAAAUCAUAGAGUGUGGAAGACUGACUGCUGCUCUCCCAUCAGGCUGGCGUGCAUUCGCUGCACCGGAAAAAGCCUACUGCAAAAGAGUCGAAGAUGUAGAUGGACCAAUUCAAAGAAUUUUG